AUGCCAAGGGUGUUCUCAUGCAACUACUGCAAGCGUAAGUUCUAUAGCUCACAGGCACUUGGUGGCCAUCAGAAUGCUCACAAGAGAGAGAGGACAAUGGCCAAGCGUGCUAUGCGUAUGGGAAUGUUUCCUGACAGGUACACUAGCUUGGCAUCUCUUCCCCUGCAUGGUUCUGCUGCUUCUGCAUUUCGAUCUCUUGGUAUCGAAGCUCAUGCUGCAGUGCACCAAAACAUUAUGAUACCAUCCGAUCAGAGGCUCCCUCUCCCUGACACGAGAGGUGUGGCAAGGUUUCAGCAAGGCUAUUUUGGAGUGCCAAUGUUUAUGGAAGAGGAUGAUGUGGGUAUGUUUUGGCCUGGGAGUUUCCGUCAGGUGGGUGAGGGAGUUGGAGGUCAUCCUUCGAAUAUGCAGUUUUCUCAAAAUCCAACAAUGAAUUCAGGAGGAUCCACCGUGCCACCAAAUACAAAGACAAGUUCAUCUUCACCUGAUCUUACUUUAAAGCUCUGA